UCAGGUUGUUCCAAGAUCUUUGAAGACCCAAGAAAAGCCCUAUUGACGAAAAGCAAGACAAAUGACUCACAGAGAAAAAAGAUGGUGGCGCCAAGGGCAUUUAAAGCUGUCUCGGGUUCCGAAUGCCUGGUGAACGAGCUGGCCUGCUGAAGGACAUGAUUCAGACUGUCCCGGACCCGGCAGCUCAUAUCCAGGAAGCCUUAUCAGUUGUGAGCGAGGACCAGUCCUUGUUUGAGUGUGCCUACGGAACGCCACACCUCGCCAAGACGGACAUGACCGCGUCCUCCUCCGGCGACUAUGGACAGACAUCCAAGAUGAGCCCGCGUGUCCCUCAGCAGGACUGGCUGUCGCAACCCCCGGCCAGGGUCACCAUCAAGAUGGAAUGUAACCCGAACCAGGUGAACGGCUCAAGGAACUCCCCCGACGAAUGCAGCGUGGCCAAAGGCGGGAAGAUGGUGGGCAGCCCGGACACGGUCGGGAUGAACUACGGCGCCUACCUGGAGGAGAAGCACGUGCCACCCCCGAACAUGACCACGAACGAGCGCAGAGUCAUCGUCCCAGCAGAUCCCACGCUGUGGAGUACGGACCACGUCCGGCAGUGGCUGGAGUGGGCGGUGAAAGAAUACGGCCUCCCGGACGUCGACGUCUUGCUGUUCCAGAACAUCGACGGGAAGGAGCUGUGCAAGAUGAGCAAAGACGACUUCCAGAGGCUCACGCCGAGCUACAACGCCGACAUCCUUCUGUCCCACCUCCACUACCUCAGAGAGACUCCUCUUCCACAUUUGACUUCAGAUGAUGUUGAUAAAGCCUUACAAAACUCUCCACGGUUAAUGCAUGCUAGAAACACAGGGGGUGCAGCUUUUAUUUUCCCAAAUACUUCAGUAUAUCCUGAAGCUACGCAAAGAAUUACAACUAGGCCAGAUUUACCUUAUGAACCACCCAGGAGAUCAGCCUGGACCGGUCACGGCCACCCCACGCCCCAGUCGAAAGUGACUCAGCCAUCUCCUUCCACAGUGCCCAAAACCGAAGACCAGCGUCCUCAGCUAGACCCUUAUCAGAUUCUUGGACCCACGAGUAGCCGCCUUGCGAAUCCAGGGAGCGGGCAGAUCCAGCUGUGGCAGUUUCUCCUGGAGCUCCUGUCUGACAGCUCAAACUCCAACUGCAUCACCUGGGAAGGCACCAACGGGGAAUUCAAGAUGACAGAUCCCGAUGAGGUGGCCCGGCGUUGGGGAGAGCGGAAAAGCAAACCCAACAUGAACUACGAUAAACUCAGCCGCGCCCUCCGCUACUACUACGACAAAAACAUCAUGACCAAAGUCCACGGGAAGCGCUACGCCUACAAGUUCGACUUCCACGGCAUCGCCCAGGCCCUCCAGCCCCACCCUCCAGAGUCGUCCCUCUACAAGUACCCCUCGGACCUCCCGUACAUGGGCUCCUACCAUGCCCACCCACAGAAGAUGAACUUUGUGGCUCCCCACCCUCCCGCCCUACCUGUGACAUCGUCCAGUUUUUUUGCCGCCCCCAACCCGUACUGGAAUUCACCCACCGGAGGAAUAUACCCUAACACCAGGCUUCCGGCCAGCCAUAUGCCUUCCCAUCUGGGCACUUACUACUAAAGAUCCAGGAGAGGCCUUUCCCAACAACGUACACUCACCGAUAAAUUGCCACAAACUCUAUUGGAGAACAGAGAUCAAAAGUGCCUCGAGGGGAAUGGAAAAAAAACAUGACUGGGGCUGGGGAAGGAAGCCAGGGAAGAAAUCCAAAGACGCUUAGCGGGAGGGAAUUACUGAACUAUUACGACAGAAAUGGAGAGGAUGCUCAACAUGUAAUGGAUAUGGACAUUUCAUGUGUGGACCAACCUUGUAAAAGACAUUGUAAGUAGGAGUAUGAAGUGAUAAGGACAAAGUGCCAAAGAAAGUGGUCUUAACGAAGUGUAUGCACUCUAGCGUUAGAGUUUGGGAUUAAACUGAAGCAAUACAGAAAACACAGUCUUGACACCUAACAUACCGUUUAGAAUGCCAUUUUAAGGAAAACUACCUGUAUUGAAAAAGAGAAACAUAUCAAAAAAAAAAAAAAAGAAAGAAAAAAGAAAAAAAAGAAAGACGAGACUGUGCAACAGGCAUUGAUACGGAACUCAUCGGCGUCUGCCGUUUUGUGUGAAAUCCAGGCCAUCUGUGGGAUGGAGAACUGUCAGCUCUCUGAGACCGCGCAGAUGACCCAAAGUUCCCAACCCCUCACAGUGUCACAGGAACCAGGAGCCGGAUGGUGGGACUGAGAACGUGCGUAGAGAGUGAGCGAGAGGUGGUCGGCCGAGGGCCGGAGGAGGGAGCAGAGGAGGAG